AUGCCUCAAACCCUCGAUAUCCAGCUACAGAACCGUUACCCUUCAGACGAAGUGUAUGCUUAUAUCACGGGACUAGCACUGAACAACAAUAAUCGUGUCUGUCUACUGAAGGCCGAUGGAAAGACACCAUAUUAUCCCGAGUCACCACCACGUACCGUUUAUCCACUUUCAGCAGACUGUGCCAUUAAACUAGGUAGGCAAGGCAGUACCACUAUUGCUACGAUUCCCCUGCUUGCCGGAGGAAGAAUCUGGUUUUCGAUAGGAAAGAAGCUGGAGUUCUUCGUGAAUCCGGGACCGGCAUUGGUUGAGCCAUCUGUUACCAAUCCUUCUGAUCACAAUAUUAAUACCAACUGGGCGUUUUGCGAGUUCACAUUCAAUCAAACCCAAAUCUAUGCCAAUAUAAGCUAUGUCGACUUUGUUAGUCUACCAGUUUCUAUGAAACUUAUCACUGAAAACGGUGCGCCACAAGAAAUUAGGGGAUUGAAAGCAGAUGGUCUAGAGACUAUAUGUGAAGGGCUAAAAGCACAAAGUCGAGCCGACGGAGCAGGAUGGGACAAAUUAAUUGUAGAAUCUGGUGGUCAGAAACUUCGCGUAUUGAGCCCCAAUCAUGAACCAGGUUUCAGUGGUUACUAUGAAUCCUACGUCGAUGAAGCAUGGGACAAAUAUAGCAAAACACCAUUAAUCGUCGACACACAAGCGGAAUGGAGAGAGGUUGAGGGCCGAGUGUGCAAUGGACAAUUAACAUUUCCAGGCCUAGCAACAUUUUCAAAACCAUCCACCGCAGACAUCUUCAGUUGUAGCUCUGGUCCCUUUUCCAACAAUGCUGGAGCGACAGGACCACUCACUGCUCGCAUUAGCGCGGCAUUGAAUCGUUCAACAUUGUUAAGCAAUGAUCAUCAUCCAACAAACGAAAGAGUAUCAGAGUAUUAUCGCAAUAAUAUCACCAAUCAUUAUGCUCGACUGGUUCAUGAGGCAAAUCACCAUGGUCGUGGAUAUGCUUUUCCAUACGAUGAUGUUUCUUCUGGUAAAGAGACAGAUCAAUCUGGUUUUGUAAGCGGAUGGCCAAAAUCUUUCAUCGUAUCUAUUGGUUGA